AUUAUGCUUUCUAGUUUUUGGAUCUCUGUUAGUUUCUAGUGUUGAUUAUUCGUUUUUGGUUUUAUUUUUUUUGUAUCGUGAUGAAAUUAGUGGGACUUUUAGGUUUAGUGAAUUGGGUUUGAAUUAGGUUUUGCCAUUGGAGGUCAGUUUGCGUAUGGAUAGUGAUAAGAGUUGAGAGCUUUUGAUUGGUUACUGAGAAAAUGGAAGGAAAAUGGUCAGAAAAGCGAAGUUUGUGGUUACUCUGAGUGGUUGCUUUUAAAGCAUCAGUCGUUGCGAUUAUUUAUCACUGAUAAAGUAGAUAGCGAACAACUAGUGCUUUGCGGUUUUGUGGUAAUAGACAAUAAAAAGGAAUUGAUGGAGUAGUGGCUUGUUUGGUUUAAGUCAACUGCCAUGUGUAUUUGUGAUUAGUAAAUUUGUUUCCUUCAUGUUGAACAAGGAAAAGAAGUUUUUUAGUUAACAGGAGGAUAAUUUUGGCUGUGUGAAGGGGCUGUCAUGCUUAAAUCUCAAAUUCUGAGUAUUAUGUGAUCAAUUGUGUGGUGUUUGUUAAUAUCGGUGGUGCAAGGGUCAUAGAUUGGUCAAGAGUGUUGCUUUUAAAAUUUUAAUUGUGAAAAUGAGAGAUUAGGAUAUAUUUAAUCAGGAUUGAGAUGGAAAUUGAACUUUUUGCCUGGAAAUGAAUGAUAGUUGUAUCAAGGUACGGAUUUGGGUUGGUAUCUGUGCUUAGGAUUGAAUGAUAGUUGUAGUGCUGUAAGGAUUUUCAUGGAUUUAGUGUUGGUGGCAGCAGUGGUGCUCAUGUGAAAACAUUCUUUUUGCAUCAAAGGCUGAAAAAGUGUUGACCAUUGGGAAUAAUCCAAGUUUGGAUGACGUGAUGUGAGGUUCUAUCAAAAAUGCUUCUUGUACCUUAGUGGUAAUGGCACAGUUUUGGUGUUGGUGCUUGUAGCCAUGUUGCGGCACCAAUACCAAAACUAUCAUACAUGACAUGCAUUGUUAAGCAGCCAUUCCCAAACAAGAAGUUAAUAUGAGCUGCAUUAGUAGAUGACAAGGUUUCAACAAUUAUAUGAGAGUGAGUAGAGAUAUGGCGAUCAUUAACUUAUAUAUCAGGAAUUUGAGUCACUGCAGUGCCAGAUUAAACUUUCUGCCAUCUUUCCUUUAUUUUCCUCGGAAUUUCUCUCUUUGGUCCAUGAAGAAGGACCCGGAUCUGGAACUGGCCUUGUCACGGAAUCGUCGAUGGAUAGUUAAUAACCAAAUAAAGAAUAUAAUACUUAGAAGUCCAAACCGGGUUACAAAAGUUAAAGAUCUCCAGAAGAAGUUCAAGACUCUUGAUCUUCAAGGGAAAGCUAUGAAUUGGCUUAAGAAAUACCCUUGUUGCUUUGAGGUAUAUUUGGAGAAUGAUGAGUACUAUUGUCGAUUAACAAAACGAAUGGUUAGUUUGGUUGAAGAGGAGGAGUGUGUGAAAGGUAUGCAGGAACCAGUGUUUGUGGAGCGGUUGGUGAAAUUGUUAAUGUUGAGUAGGAAUCAGAGGCUUAAUGUUGUGAAACUGAAUGAGCUUAAGAGAAAUUUUGGGUUUCCGGAUGAUUAUAUAAUUAGGAUUUUACCUAAGUACACAGAUACAUUCCGACUUGUUAAUUAUACUGGGAGAAAGAGUUCUAUGGAGAUUGAACUUGUUUCUUGGAAACCUGAGUUAGCAGUUUCAGCAGUUGAAGCCUCAGCUCAGAAGCAGGGUUCUGGGCCUAGUUUUUCUUGCCUCUUGCCUUCAACUUGGGCUAAAUCACGGGAAAGAUUUCUUGAAUUCAAUUCAACUCCUUAUAUCUCUCCUUAUUUGGAUCCUCAACAUUUGCAAGAAGGAUCGAAGGAAACAGAGAAGAGGACAGUGGGUUUAGUGCAUGAAUUGUUGUCUUUGACCUUGUGGAAGAAAAUGUCAAUUGUGAAGCUUGGUCAUUUUAAGAGAGAGUUUGGUGUACCUGAGAAGUUAAAUGUUUUGCUGCUAAAGCACCCUGGCAUUUUUUAUGUUUCAAAUAAGUAUCAAAUAUACACUGUUCUUCUUAGAGAAGCAUAUAAUGGGCCAGAACUGCUAGAGAAGGAUCCACUUGUUCUUGUGAAGGAUAAAUUUGGGGAGUUGAUGCAGGAGGGACUUCAUGAAUAUAACCGGAGACGCCAUUUAGAAAAUUUAGAAAAGAAGAGGAAGAGGGGCAUGGUUCCGGUAAGAUCAGAAGCAAGGAAGGAUGCAAAAACUGAAAUUUGUGAACAAGAUGACAGUGGCAAUAAGCCGAGGGGUCUAUUUGACCCUGAAGAAAGAAAAAGAUUCUAUAAAGUUCUUUUUGAUGAUGGUCCCCCAUAAGUUGGAAAGUGGUAUAUUUUCUGUAUUUGGACUGUUUCCUUUUUGUGUCUACAUCUUCACAGUUAUCAGAGAUCAGUAUCAUUUCAUCCUAUCUGUUAAGAAGUCAUUUGUUGCGAGCAUUUUAUGCCAAGUAGAUGCUGCACUAUGUAUGUUGAUAUUAACAGAAUAUAAGAUGCCCUUCAGUUUUGCA